AUGACAGAUACAAGUAUUGAUGAAGUUUCUCCACUUAUUUUCCAUUCUUCACGUAUUCCAAAUACACCAGAUAAUCGAACUCAAUUUCAACGAAAAUUAUCCGUAUGGUUAAUUUUAAUUAGUGCUGGUUUAGAACGUUUAGCAUUUUAUUCAUUAGCGGGAAAUCUUGUUCUUUUCCU